AUACAUUAAUUUAAUUUUCAAUGUUGACUUCUUUAUAGAGUAUCUUUCAAAGGUUCAUAAUUUAUUAAAGAGGAAUAGUAUUGUUUUGCCCCCAUUCUCAAAAUAGAUGACAAAUUUUUAACCACCUGUCAUAAAAACGUCAUCAUGACAUCUCUCCUGCUCAAAAGAUCUCCGCUAAAACGCAUUAGAUCCCUCUGCACCACCCCUCGACCAACUAGACCAGACUAUUGCAACAAAACCAAAAAACCCCCACAAGACCCGGCGGUUCAACUGAAACAGUUCGGCGUCUACGUCCAGGAAUGUCUCCCGAAGUUUGUCCAACGGGUCCGCGUGACCCACUGCAAGGAACUGGAAGUGUUGAUUCCUCCCGAGGGAAUACUCCCGGUGAUGCAGUUUCUUAAGGACCAUCAUAACGCCCAAAUGCAAUGCCUGAUGGACGUAUGCGCCAUAGACGUGCCCGGGAGGUUAUACAGGUUCGAGGUGAUUUAUAGUCUUUUAUCCCUAAGGUUCGCCACCAGAAUGCUGGUGAAGACUUACACGGACGAACUUACCCCCAUAGAUUCCGUUACAGGUAUCUAUAAGUCCGCCAUGUGGUCCGAAAGGGAGGUGUGGGACCUGCACGGGGUUUUUUUCGCCAACCAUCCGGAUCUGAGGAGAAUCGUGACCGAUUAUGGGUUCGAAGGUCAUCCACUUAGGAAGGAUUUUCCUGUGUGCGGAUAUUAUGAAUCCAGGUACGACGAGGAGAAGAAACGGGUGGUACUGGAACCGGUGGAGUUCGCCCAAGAGAUGAGACAGUUCGACCUAAGUUCCCCUUGGGAGGAGUUCCGGAACUUCCGGACGGAUUUGCCCGAUAAAGUUCCGGUGGCAAAAGUUGUCGAGGCCAAAAAGACCAACGAGAAAAAAUGAUUGAAUGUUUAAUUAAUUUGAUUUGUUAAAUAGAAACUUUCAGUUUUGUUAUACUAACGGUGCUUAAUAGAGUUUUUUUUUUUUA